AUGCCUGCCGCCGUCGAAUCUCCCGCCUCUGCCAUCCUCAAUCACUCCGCGACACCCUACAACUUCCGCUUCUCACCCUUCCUCCGACAAACAUACCAAGUCGGCCUUUCUCCCGAUCGCCCAGUAUGCAAAGCUUUCCAGUCCGGCCACUGCCCAAACGGCACGCGAUGUCCUGAGCGACACGUCUCCGACUCCAAAACGUCGCAACCGACCGGCGGUCUCAAUUCACUCGUCUGCAAGCAUUGGCUACGUGGAUUGUGCAAGAAGGGCGAGCACUGCGAAUUUCUCCACGAGUACAACCUACGAAAGAUGCCCGAGUGUAAUUUCUUCAUGCGUAACGGAUAUUGCUCUAAUGGUGAUGAAUGUCUGUACCUCCACAUCGAUCCUCAAAGUCGAUUGCCGCCUUGUCCUCACUACGAUAUGGGCUUCUGUCCGCUUGGACCCAACUGUUCGAAAAAGCACGUGCGUAAGAAGCUCUGUGUCUUUUAUCUGGCUGGUUUCUGCCCUGAUGGACCGGACUGCAAAGAGGGCGCACAUCCCAAGUGGUCAAAGGAUCUGGAGAAGCCAACCCUCAAGUCGGAAGAAAAGAAGGAAGAGGAGAUGCGAAUGGACUUUGCGCAGGAUGAUAUGGAUAGAUCGCGCGACCAGCCAAGAGAUAGAGAUCGGGAUGAUGGAGGAAGACAUCGGGGAGGCCAUGGUGGCCACGGAGGCAGAGGCAAAUGGAGAGGAAGAGGCCGAUUCCGUGGAAGAGGUCAUUAA